CAGCAGAGACCCACAGGGAAGAAAUCUCACUGCUGCUCUGACUGUGGGAAAAGAUUCAACUCUUCAGUAAAACUUAAAACACAUCAAAGAAUUCACACAGGAGAGAAAUCUUACGGCUGUGAUCAAUGUGGGAAGAGUUUUACUCUGCUACAAACCCUGAAAUCACACCAGCGAACACACACAGGAGAGAAACCUUAUAGCUGUGAUCAAUGUGGGAAGAGUUUUACUACAUCUAGCAAUCUCACUAUACACCAGAGAACACACACAGGAGAGAAACCAUAUAGCUGUGAUCAAUGUGGGAAGAGUUUUAAUACAUCUAGCUAUCUAACUAUACACCAGAGAACACACACAGGAGAGAAACCUUACGGCUGUGAUCAAUGUGGGAAGAGAUUUAUUCUGCUACAAACCCUGAAAUCACACCAGAGAAUACACUCUGGAGAGAAACCUUUUGGCUGUUAUCAAUGUGGGACGAGUUUUUCUCAGCUAAGCAUCCUGAUAGUACACCAGCGCGGACACACAGGAGAGAAACCUUUUAGCUGUGAUCAAUGUGGGAAGGGUUUUACUACAUCUAGCUGUCUAACUAUACACCAGAGAACACACACUGGAGAGAAACCUUAUGGCUGUGAUCAAUGUGGGAAGAGUUUUACUCAGCUAAGCAACCUGGUAGUACACAAGAGAUCACACACAGGAGAGAAACCUUAUAGCUGUGAUCAAUGUUGGAAGAGUUUUACUACAUCUAGCUGUCUAACUAUACACCAGAGAAUACACACAGGAGAGAAACCUUAUGGCUGUGAUCACUGUGGGAAGAGUUUUAUUGGGCUACAAUCCCUGAAAUCACACCAGAGAAUACACACGGGAGAGAAAUCUUAUAGCUGUAAUCAAUGUGGGAAGAGUUUUACUACGUCUAGCUGUCUAACUAAACACCAGAGAACACACACGGGAGAGAAAUCUUUUGGCUGUGAUCAAUGUGGGAAGCGUUUUUCUCACCCAAGCAGCCUGAUAGUACACCAGCGGACACACACAGGAGAGAAACCUUAUAGCUGUGAUCAGUGUGGGAAGAGUUUUUCUACAUCUUGCUAUCUAACUAUUCACCAGAGAACACACACAGGAGAGAAACCGUAUAGCUGUGAUCAAUGUGGGAAGAGAUACUCUGAUAAAAGAUCUCUGAUUAAACAUCAGAAAAUACAUACAUGAAGGAGUUGUUUCAUGAUAUCAAUGAAAUAAUGUCACAAUGUAGAAUGUUUUAACAUUGUUGUAGCAGUAUUUGAAUGAAUGUCAGAAUGUAGAACCCUAAACGUUUGUCCCCUGUUCAGUUGAUAUUAGCCUCAGCGAAAAAUCCAGGCCCUGAAUUGAAAGAGUACUAUUUAACAAAAAGUGACAAAAAAAAUUGUGUUACACUUACCACGUUGGUGACCCACUUGAAUCA